AUGUCACAAGCCAACAAAAAAAUUGCCGAGAUUAAAGAGGAUGUCAAGUCUUCGACGCCGUCCGUCAAUACCCCACCCAAUUCCUCCACUACUGAAAAAGCCGCAGCUCCUUUAGCAACUUUGAGCACUCUCUUUGACCCUUAUCCGCACUACUUCAUGUCUGCCGCAACUCUUCUUGGUAGCGGUUAUGCUUAUCAAUAUUUAAAACAGCCAAGGACUGCUGCUAUUGCUGCUGUCAUUGGUGCUGCUUAUGGUGCAGCAGGAUAUUUCAUUCAAAAAAAUGAUUUUUCUAUGGGGUAUAAUAUAGCUACUUUGGCUUCAAUUGGUCUUGUUGUUGUUUCUGGUCCAACAGCUUGGGCUACUAAAGAUGCAUAUCAUGUUGCUCUGGGUUCUUUGGGGGCUGUUAGUUUGGCGGGCAACGCAUUGAAAAUUUAUCAAGUGAGAACUGGGUUGCCCCGCAAUCUAGAUAUUAAACGUUAA